AUGCCAAAACCUUGUUCGGAUCGUGUUCGCCCUAACCUCUCUCACUCUAGCUGGAAGAAUGAACGAGAGAAACGGAAGCAAAAAGCAAAUUCAAAAGAACGAAACACCAGCGUUCCUCAAGUCCAAUCGAAUCAAAUGAGCAGCCUUGCCCUCCCGAACGCCUCCAAAGAGUGGUUCCUGCUUCCAGUCAAAUCCAAGUUUAAGGAGUACGAAGAGCCUACUGAACACGUUCGACGGGCAGAUCAACCCACGAAUCUCCCCGUGGCCUGCGGAGUGCACAUCCAUGGGACCAUGCCAACAUUCGCAUCCUGA